AUGCGCCUCAUACAGAUGGGCCUCGAGUAUGGAGAGUAUCAGGGCCGCCGCGACGGCGUUCAAAGGUACAGUUGCAGACCUGGCAUCCUCAUGAACAACGCGGGUUUAGUGCGUACAUCCGAAUGGAGCAGGACUGAAGACAGGUUCGAGAUGAAACCUCCUCCAAUUCACAUCUUCCACGCCGGAGUCAAUCACCCGGACCUUGGACCUGACGACUUCGCUAUUGUCCGCAUUGUCCAGUUCCGUUCGUUGCUCGGCCGUGAUCUACAGCUCACUCAUAUAUACCUCUUCCUGCUCCUCCGCGAUCUUGGUUCGCUUAUCUUCGGUGAUUCAGUGGGCGGUAGUGAGAUCCUUCCUGCGGAUGAAUAG